UUUAAUAUAUAUAUGUAUAUGUAUAUAUAUGUGUGUGUAUAUAUACAUAUAUAUUAAUAUAUAUAUAUUAUAUCAUCGGUCCUAGUGGUUGUGUGUCGUUAUACAGUGCCGCCAAACGAUACCACAACAUCCGAUCCCAAAUGAAGAGUUCGGAGCAAAAUGGUUAGAGAGACACGUCACCUGUGGGUUGGAAAUCUGCCGGAAAACAUCCGAGAGGAUCGUAUAAGAGAGCAUUUCAAACGGUAUGGACGCGUGCAGAGCGUCAAGCUGCUGCCGCGGGGCGAAGUGUGCCCUGUGGACGGAGGUUCCGGUGGUUCCCUCGGGGAGGGCAACGAGGGUGGUUCCGGUUCCAGUUCCGGUAGCGGCGGCGGGGGCGGCGGCAGCGGGGGUGGUGGUUGUUCCUCGAUUAACACCGGGGGCGCCUCCGCGACGGUGGCGUUCAUGGAUAUCAAGUCCGCAGCGAAGGCUCACGCGACUGAACACACUUUGGACGAACGAGCCCUUACGACACAAUACUACGAGCCCCAGCAUCUUCAACAUAGAUUUCCCUCGCACGGAAGUUCGGAGGAUCAUGGCCCGAGUGGCGGCAGUGGUUCCGGAGGUGGAGGCGGAGGAAACGUCGGCGUCGUCGUCGGGGGUGGUGUUGGGGUCGUCGUCGGUGGUAGCGGAAGUAUCGUCGGAUCUGGUAGCGGGAGUAUCGUCGUCGGUGGAGUCGGCGGAGUCGUCGGAGGCAGUGGUGGUAACCCAGUUGGCAUUAGCAGCGGCGUCAGCGGCAGCGGUGGCAGUGGCAGCGGGGGCGGCGUUGGCGUCGGCGUCGGCGGCAGCGUCGUUGUCGGUGGCGGUGGCAGCGAAAGUAGUUUCGUCGAGUCCAGGAGCUCACACGUUGGUUCUCACGGAGGUUCCCACGGGGGUUCCCACGGGGGUUCCCAUGGGAGUUUCUACAGCGGAGGCGGCGGGGGUGCCGGGAGCGGAGGCGGUGGCAGCAACGCUGGCAGCGUCGGCGGCGUCGGCGGAGCAGGAAGCGGAGUCGUCGUUGUUCAAGGCCACCCAGUCGAUCCUAAUAGCGGUGAUCCUGGUGGCUACAUACCACGUGGACGUCCACCACCUGGUAGCUCUUACCACGUGACGUCGAGCAGGGCGAGGGAUCGGCUUUACCCGAGGACAGGCCCUUACGGCUCCGGGCCGCCACCCCCGCCCCAUUUAGAUCGUCAUCGGCCACCGUCUUCCUGGUCUUCUGCCUACGAGUCUACUGCUUCAUCGAGAUAUGGUAAUGCACCUCCACCACCUUCACCGGCUACCAACGAUUCCUACCAAGAUGAACAAGGUGGCGGAGGUAUUAGUAGCAGCAGCGUUCACCGACAACACAAGAAACAACGUAGAAAAUCUCGAAGCGGUAGCAGCUCGCCGAGCGGUAGUAGCCGUUCCGGUAGUAGCAGUAGUAGUCGAAGCGGCAGUUCCGCUGGUAGCACAUCCGCUGCAAGCACGUCACCAGGAAGCUCACCGCAUCGUACCGGAAAUGCUGUUGCAGUCACCGAGGAUCGCAGGCCAUUGGCGAUAUGCGUUCGGAACCUUCCUGCUCGUAGCAGCGACACUUCCCUCAAGGAUGGCCUUUUCCAUGAAUAUAAAAAACAUGGGAAGGUCACGUGGGUGAAGGUUGUCGGUGCAGCGGGCGACAGAUACGCUCUGGUUUGUUUCAAGAAACCCGAGGACGUAGAGAAAGCCCUAGAGGUCUCCCACGACAAACUAUUUUUCGGUUGUAAGAUCGAAGUUGCGCCUUAUCAAGGAUACGACGUCGAGGACAACGAGUUCAGGCCGUAUGAGGCUGAACUAGACGAGUAUCAUCCCAAAGCAACUAGGACGUUAUUUAUUGGGAAUCUCGAAAAAGAUGUCACCGCAUCUGAACUCAGGAAACACUUUGAGCUUUUUGGCGAAAUUAUCGAAAUUGACAUAAAAAAGCAAGGCGCUGUUUCGAGCUAUGCAUUCUGUCAGUAUUCAGACAUCGGUAGUGUCGUUAAGGCCAUGAGAUCUAUGGAUGGUGAACACCUAGGUGCGAAUCGUAUCAAACUUGGAUUUGGCAAAUCCAUGCCAACCUCCUGCGUUUGGGUGGACGGAAUAGGAGAUUGCAUGUCGGAAAAAUAUCUGAACCUGCAGUUCCAUCAGUUCGGUCCUAUUACGCAAAUCGUUUUGGAUCGUGAACGUGGCCACGCGUUGGUUAACUUCGAACAAAUAAGCUGCGCCCAGGCUGCCGUGAAGGAAAUGAGAGGAGCCGCACUUCGUGGACGUCGUCUUCAAGUGGACUUCGCGUCCAGAGAAUGUCAGGAAACGUUCUACGAACAUCUGGAACGACAAGGUGUUUCUGGUGAAAAACCUUGGGACACGAGGCCUUCGCCGGCGACAAACUUCGAUGUUGCGAUUCAUUACAGGAGGGAACGUAGCAGCUUUGAAUCAGCAGUUACAGUAUCAAAUUCGGGCGGUCGAUUUACUCGUUACGAUACACCCCCAAGAUCAAGGACAACUAGUAGUUACUCUCGUACUUCCGGUGGUGGUAGCACUCCAGGGGCCAGUCCAGCUCAUCCAACGGCGAUGUCGCGUAGCAGCAGACGGUCUUACCAAGAUUCAUACUACGAAGCUGAUUACAACGAGCAGAAUUCACGGAGAUUCCGAAGUUACGACGAAUACAGCCAAGGAAGCGGAGCGAGCCACGACGAAUAUCAAAGCAGCGUUCUCAGCGAUGGUAAAAUCAACGACGACGAUUGUCCACCACCCCCGUCGUCUCGGAGGCAUACUGUCCAGAGUGUUGUUACCAGCGUGGAACCACCAGUUCCACCACCACCGAUUUUACCUCCGCCCGACAUCAGGCAUCUUCAAAAAGAGCGAGUCCAUUUGUUGGAACAGCUCGAGGAGUGUCACAGCAGCGGCGACGAAGUUGGUUUUGCACCUAAGAAACGAGUCAAACUGGAUGGGAGUUCAACAACGAUACUAUGCGAGGACGAUGAACCUGAAAUCGCAUCCUUGAUGGUAACUUCUCAUUCCGGUAGAAAAGGCAUGGACGUUAGACGCGUAAGUGACAGCAAAGUGGUGGUGCAUCAUAGUACGAGAAGAAGUAGCUGCGAGGGCAGGGGUCCAGGACCUUGUAAGCGUCGUCGAGAUACUUCUAGCAGACAUCACGAGCAUCACGAUGGAUCACGACCAGGAACGCCUCUCGUCGAUGAAAGACCGGAGAACCUUGUGCCGAGCGAACCAAGAAGAUUUCGUGAAAGGAGUCACGAGGGUCCUCUUUCGUUACCUCUACCAAGGUUCGCGACUCAGAUGCUGAACAACAACAAUACCAGUAACAGCAACAACAACAACAACAAUAACAGCAACAACAACAACAACAACAACGGCAACACCAACAGUAGUAGUAGUAACGCACGAUCGAGCAGCAGCAAUUUAAAAGUCACUAGUCCACCCUGUGCCAGUGGUGGGCUUUCGGUGACAAUAAGCCCUUGUACGGCACCCCAGCCACCAGCCUCGCCACCGCCUAGACAUUUGAGCCCCAGUCCAACGAGUUCCGACAGCGAGACAGCGCCCCAGUCUCCUAGUCUCGAAGAGAGAAUACGUUCCCUCGACGAGAAAUACGAAAAGUGGUCGGGCUCGAGAGCUCUGAGUGCGGCCGGUGGCGAUGCUUUGGCUAAACUUGACGCGAGCGCUUCGGAACGUUUUAGAUUCCGGCAUAAACUUUUAGACAUGGAUCUAAACGAAGUGCAACCAUCGGAUAUAGUGAAGUCUGUUCUCGCGAAAAGGAGUGUCUUCGACGAGGAUUCGAAACGACUAGAGAAUUUCAGUGAAAAAUACGAACCUAAAGAAUUUACGGGCGUCAUUGGCGUCAGUUCGAUGAUCGGUAGCACGGCUGGGUUAACUUCUAGCGGGGGUUGUACCAGCAAAGUUUGCCUCCAAUAUCCAUUUCCUAGUCAUCCGCCGGUGCAACUGACCAGUACCUCCUCUGUUAGCAGUCACAUCGGUGGUAGUAGCACGAUGCUCUCGACGAGCAUGGUUCCGUCAAUGUUAAAAACGACUGAUCCACGCUCGACGAUGCAGCACAAUUGUGUACACCCAACCCCAGCAACACCGAUCACCCCGGGCACGUCGAUCAAAACCGUCAGUCCGGAAUUACCACCAGUUUCUUUACCUAUCGGUCUUGCAACUAGCGGGACGGCAGCAAGCAGUGGUAAUAAUAGCGGUUUAGGGUCGGUCAGUAGCCUUCUUAGUGGUAAUAGUAGUAUAUGUAGUAUUCACAACCUCAGCGCCUCGACGAAUCGGGGAUUAAUUUCUAGUAAUACAGUUUUAAAUAAUUCGUCGUCGUCGUCAUCAUCGUCGUCGUCGUCGUCAGUGGCGAUAUCUUCGUCAUCGUCCUCUUCAUCCUCCUCAUCCUCGAACUCUUCCUCUAUCAUUUCCACUUCUGUUCCUCCUCCUUCUUCUUCUUCUUCUUCUUCAUCUUCUUCUUCUUCUUCAUCUUGUUUAACCUCCUCGUCAUCAGUCGCGAUAUCAGCAUCUUCUUCAGUUUCCUUCUCAGCAACGGCAGCGUCAACAGUAGCAGUAGCAGCAGCAGCAUUAACAACAGCAGCAGCAGUAACGUCAUCAUCAUCAUCAUCAUCAUCAUCCGGUGUUAUUACGACAACGACGAUGAUUUUAACAACAGCAACAUCGACAAUAUCGGUACCAACAAUUUCCUCGUCAGGCACGAUACAACAACAACAACAGCAACAGCAACAACAGCAACAACAACAACAACAAUCGAGCGGUCAAUACCAUCAAUCUUCCUUGACAACAACAACCGCUUCCUCUUCGGUGCCAUUGUCUUCCACGAUAUCGUGCAGCAGCACGUCUUCGUUAUCCUCUUCCUCGGUCGAUAUAAUUCGUGCUCGAUUACGAAAGGAGAUUGGCAUAAGUAGUAGUAGUAGUAGUAGUGGUAGUAGUACUGGUAAUAGAGAGAGAAGAGACUCUCGUGAAGGUAGAGAUGGUAGAGAUUCGAAACACAGUAGUAAAAGUAAGGAUUGUCAGAGUCGAAGAUCGAGAAAGGAGGAAAUUGAUCGGAAGGAAAAGGACGAUAAGGAAGUUCCGAGCAACAGCAACCCUGACGUCAAUGAAACAGAUAAUCACAGUAGAGAUGUCAAAGAGACCAAGGAGACAAGGUACGAGAGGAGAGAACGUGAAGACAAGGAAAGAAGAGAGAAAGAUGAUCGGGAGAGACAGGAACGAAGAGAUAAAGAAGAUCGUGAGAGACAGGAACGCAAGGAACGAGAGGAAAGGGAAAGAAGGGAAAAGGAUGAGGAACGUAAGGAAAGGGAGAGAUUAGACAAGGAACGUCAGGAGAAGGAUAGGAGAGAACGGGAGGAACGAGAACGGGAAAAGAAGGAAAGGGAGGAAAGUGAAUUUCGUGAGAAGGAGAGGAGAGAGAAGGAACGGUUGGAACGUGAGAAGAGGGAACGGGAGGAAAAGGAAAGGCAAGAUCGCAGGGAACGCGAGGAAAGGGAGAGAAGGGAUAGGGAGGAACGGGAAAGGAAGGAACGUGAAUUGCGUUUGGAAAGGGAGAAACAAGAGAAGGAACGUUUGAGGAAGGAACGGGAGGAACAGGAAAGGCGAGAUAAGGAAGAACGGGAGAGAUUGGAACGGGAUAGAAGAAGGGAGGAAAAGGAACGCAUUGAUAAGGAAAGGAAACGGGAGAGGGAGGAGAAGGAACGUUUGGAACGAGAGAGGCGGAAGGAGAAAGAGAAAGAGGAACGGGAGAGAACGGAAAAGGAAAAACGUGAGAAGGAGGAAAGGGAAAGGUUAGAGAGGGAGAAACACGAACGUGAAAAGAGGAGAGAACGGGAAGAUCAAGAAAAACGCGACAAGGAAAAGGUCGAGCGAGAGAAGAGGAGAGAUCGGGAGGAAAAGGAUAAAGAAAAACGUGAACGGGAAGAAAGUAGGCGUCAACCGACCGAUAAUCAUCUUCAUCAAUCGGUAAAUGCACAAUCUCAAAACCAGCAAACUUCGCCAGCACCAGUACCAACGAAACGUAGAUUCUCGUCCCAAGACUGUCCCACUGAAGAUGAUAGCAAACGUAUGAAGAUCUCGGAUCAUAGGAGAGAUAGCAAAGACCGGCCUAGACAAAAUAGAAAAUCUGAGGAUCGCAAACAUCGUAAUGACUCUCAUCGUUCUAGUCGAGAAAGUAGGGAAAGUCGGGAGAGUAAGGAUAGCAGUGGAACCGUUCAAGAUUCUAGAGAUACUACUCACACAGAUAUUAGAGAAUCUACCCGAGAAAAUAGGGAUAAUAAUAGGGAAAGUGUUAAAGAAAAACAGAGGAGUAAAAGAAGAUCGGAAAAAGAAUCUAGGGAACGUAGUCCUAGGGUUUGUCAGGAAGCCGACAAAGAAUUCCUGUCAAGAUUAGAACUUUCUAAACGUAGCGAAAUCAGUUCGCCGAACGAUCAAACUUCUACCGGUUCGCAUCAUCCGAGAGAAUCUUCGCAAUUCCAUCAACAACAACAACAACAACAGCAGGCUUCGUUGAAUCAACACAGCGAUGUUGACGAUGGUCCUGGACAUGACAUGCAAGUUGCACGACAACAUCCUUCCGCAACUGACACGGACAGCGACGAGCCUAAAAAGCAUUCGAUAUUUGAUAUCGUUGACGAUGAACCUGCAUAUAUCAGUAUGUACGAUAAGGUGAAGGCGCGUUCGACGAAAAACAUGCAGAAAAUGGAAGAGAAAAGACAGGUACGGUUGAAGGAUAAAUUUUCGCAAUUGAAACAAAGUAGAGCUAGGCGAGAAGAAAAGAAACAGAGUACAUCUUGGGACGGUGAUUCGGUAAGUAGCAAAGCUUUAACCGAAGACGAGGCUACAUCUGAAUCUGAUUCGGCACGAGCUAAAUCUUUAUCGAGAAAGGGAUCGCGUUCGCGUAUUCAUUCGGAUACUAGCGAAGAAGAAGAAUCAUUUAACAACAAAGUUCGGAAAAACGUUAAGGCAGAUAGAUUUCUUGAAAGUGACGUCGAUCUUGGGUUCGCCGAUACCGAAGAAAAACAAAAUCCUUUGGAAACUAGUAGCGUUGUUAUCAACAGUGUUGUACAUACCAAUACGAAAGAAGAAGUACGUACUUCUGAUGACGAUGAAAGAGUUGCCUAUCAAACGAAUCAUCCAACGAUAGUCGUUAAUAAUCACGAAAGGGAUUCGCGCAAGAAGUCGCAUAAAAAGAAACAAAAACGUCAGAAAAAUUCGGUAUCAAGCGAGGAGAAUUCUAAAUUGGAAUCAACCGAAACUACUACGGAUCAUAAAAAUAAGACUACUAAUGUUGUUAUAUCGACUGAUACGGAAUGUCGUACGAAUCAUACGACAGAAUCGGUAACAACGAUUAGUAGUAAUACACCAACGACAACGCCGGUGGUGUCGGCAACAACAACCAUUGACAAUGCUGAAGAAAAAUUACGUGCCGAUAAGAAGCAAAGAACGAAGAAAGAUAAAAGGAGAGAAAGAAAUGGAGAAGACAAGGUUAAGGCGAGAAGGAAAAGACUGAAUAGGCAAGAAGCUAGGGACUCCCAAAGGAUGGAAGAUAUUUUUGGACCCCUUUCAGAUGACGUUGAUGAUCCUCAACCUCCGGACACGUUCUUUGAUAGACUUAGUAAUAUGACAUCUGAAAAUAACGCUUACGUUUCUGACAGCGACGGUGGACGUAGCCCAGUUCUAGAUGUCGAAAGAGUUAGACGGAAAACAGAAAAAAAGAGACAGAGGCAUCACCAGGAGGAUGAAAACAGCGUUGAUCUUGCUGAAGCUGGACGAGAAAUCGAAGCUAAAUUAUUAGGUCUACCAAACUCACCAAAAUCUGCUGUCGCGUGUACGGAAUCCAACGAACACGACGUUUUCCGUUUCACCGAUGAUAAUGACAGCGUUGAACCAUCCACUCCGACUACAGUACCUGAAAAGGUUAAGGAAAAGAAAAAGAAACGUAAGAAAUCUAAGGAAGAACGCAGUAGAAAAGAUUAUCAUCAUCAUCAUCAUCACCACCACCAUCAUCAUGAAAAAACUGGAGAGUUACCUUAUCUUGGGGCCGAUCCAAGUCCUCCAAGAGCAAGCAGUCCUCUCAUUCCGAAAACAUUGUCCCCAACUUUGCCAGCUCUCAGAGAUACUCUGUUAAGUCCUAUACCUAAAGUUGUUACAUCAAAUACAUCGACUGUUUCAACUAUCAGUGCUCCCGUUGUAACCGGUGUCAUUCAACCGCCAAAGCCUGAAAAGAAAAAGGACAAAUUUAUACCUGGUUUUGGAAUAGAAAUAGAUGAAACUAUUCAUGAAAAUGCGGUCAAAAGUAUCUCGGAACCGGAAGAACGUGAAAAUGGUAAUCAAUCUCGUAACGGCAGAGAUGAAACAGAAACUUCGGCGACAACACCGCCUGCUCAGAAUGAGGAUAAACCAAGAGUUGCUAUAUCGCAGGAAGAAACUGAGGAUGCUGUCGCAGCUUUAUUAGAAGAAACUUUCGGUGGUUCAACCGAAGAUUUCUCUUAUGAAGGUGAAGAGGAAGAUAAUGAAGUGGACGGUACAACCGGACCACAAACAGAAGCACCUCAAGAGGAUGUAGAAGAAAUGCAACAGGCGGUUGAAAGUUUGAAUGCAUCGACAGUCGAAGGUGAAGAUCUUAAACCUGAUACACCUCAAAGUGAACAUGAUCUUCAAAUAGACACAGAUACAGAGGAAGAUCCGAAUUACGAGAACUUCGAUCUAACCCAACCACCGAAAACACCAGAUAUUCCAUCAUUUUAUAAAUCACCAACAAAGACAACAACACCAACCACCGUCACGGUUGCUAUUGUUGCAGCAGAUAAACCAACAGAAGCUGCACGUCUACCACUCAAUCCUGUUAUUCCAAAAUCACAAAACUCUCCAAAUUCUAUUAUAGCACAUUCUUGGAACCUUAAUGAACAUAAAGCGGCUCGCGACACAACAAAAAAUGUACAAAUGGAUACUGUGGUGGAGCCUGGCGUGACGAUAGCCAGUCCAGAAAGAGUUUCCCAAUCUCAUCGAACUUCAACGUCCUCGCCACCGACGUACAGACAACCGAUGUUGGGAUCGUGUAAUGUACCAAUCGCUAAUGAAACUUCACGAAUUUCGGCAGCUAGUAGUCCAAGACCUUCGUCGAUUAGCGUACAACCUCUGUAUCAAAGACUACCAGUUUCACCUCAAUCUCAAAUGGUACCAAUGCGUCAAGCUUCCCCAAGAAUGCAAAACGUUCCGACUCCGUCUUCGUCUUCGCCGUCGAGUAUAACGCCUAUACCACCACUCGUUCCAUCACUCGUUCCAUCAAGAAUACCACCUUUGAUAUCAUCACAAUUAUCUCCAAGAAUUCCACAACCAUUGUCACCGAAUGGACAAUGGUCUCGAAGUUCUGCGAUGAGUCCUCACGUGUCUACAGUUGGGAAACCUUCACCACCUCCAACUAGAAUCGCGGUGAGUGUUCCUAUUUCUGCGCAUAGACCGGAAGUAACGGUACAACAGAUUUAUUCGACUGCUGCAACUCAACAACCAGUGAUUCAACACGCGGCAGGUUUGAAACCACUUAAUCCUAGUUACCCCAGAGGUGGUCUGCCACCAUUGACUUUAAAUAUUCCACCACGUCCUUAUAUGCCAGUACCACCAUUGGCACCAGGUAUACAAGUUAAGAGUUCUAGAGAUUCAGCUGUUUUAGGCAACAAAUCUGUAAUCGAGACAUUACUUUCUGUCAAUCCAAACGAACUACCACAAAGAUUAGAAGAGCCUAAAUUAUCGCCUGCUGUUAUACCAGAAUCUACGAAUAAGGCCUCGACUUCUCCGAAAGUUCCUUCGCCUAAUCAACCACCUACGUAUAUACCAGAAACGGCUAAAAUUGAAAUUAGUGCGAGUACGUCUAAUCCAGCAUUUGGAAAAUCAAGUAGCAUUACGGAAAGCAGUCCUUUACAGUCGAGAUCUCAAAAACAAAUGUCUGUGUCUGUAACAGGGGAUAACAGUGUGCUUUCACCACGACCUAAACAAGAAUUAUCCAACGUACAAUUGUUAACAACUCACGUACCACAUUGUUCUACACCUAGUCCUGUAAUUAUAGCUCAUGGACAAUCCCAUAUAGUCCAUAAAUCUAUGGUACAUAGUCUAGGACCAUCUACGGUCUCUUCUCCUAAUCAAUCGUUAAUUAAAACUGUAGUACCGAUAGUAUCUCAACAAUUAACAACAACAGUACAAUCCACAACGGCCAGUGACAAGAGUAGCAUUCCACAAACAACCACCGUUUCUCUUUCUAAUUCUCAAAGAAUGUCACCUUGUCCUCAAGUAACCUCACUUUCCAAAUCUCAUUUACCAGUUGGUCCUCCAGUUUCACAAUCGAUAAUAACCAGAGUCGUACCAACGACUGUAUCAACUGUAUCGACUACUUCGAUGUCCGAUAAUGUACGAGAAUGCAUAGAACCACGUGUGGUAACAACACAGACAGAAAAAUCAGCGACAGAUUCUGAUGUACAAAUAGGACAAACUGCUCAACCUAUGCAAUUAACACCACCGAUACAAUCAAGCCAGCCUAUUGAAAUUACUAAACAAGAGCCGCCAGUUGAUAUAAUAACAAAACAAGAGGAUGCAACGUUAAAGGAAGAAAUGGAGUUUACUAUAUCAAAAACAGAAAAACCUUUGGAACAAUCGUGCGAGAUGGACAACAAACCUAAAGAAGAAAAAGAUGAAUUUGUCGAAUCAGAGAAAUUAGUAUCCAUUCCUAAGACAGAAGUGUUGAAUAUUCUGAUACCAAAACUUGAGACAGAAACAACAACUAUCAAAUCAGAGAUUGUAAGCGAAGUGAAAGAGAAAGAAUAUGAGGAAGAGGAAGAGGAGGAAACUGUGCCCAAGGAAAACGAAGAGGUUGAAUUGGAUGAAGAACCAGUAGAAGAUCCAUUAAAAGAACCGAGCACAGAUCCACUUGCUAUAGAUGUGUCGAAAGAAGAUCCAACUGAUAGUAAAGAAGAUAGCGAUUAUUGGUCAGCCAAGGAAGUUAACAUAGAAAGUGUUAUAAAGAAAGUAGAUGCCUUGUGCGAUGGCGAAGGUAACGAUAAUGAAGGUAACGAUGGCGAAGAUAAUCAAGAACAUAAUCAAGAAACUCACAAUAAUUCUGUGGAAACAGUUAAGAGUGAAUCCGAUUGGUUCCAAGCCGAAACAACCGAGGAAGAAAGUAAUAAAAAGAACACAACAACGGCUAAUGACGAACAAGAUGAAGGUGUUGAAACUUGCGAGGCAGAAUUAACGAGUCGUCGUCGUGGUAGAUCAAAAUCUAGACGAGGUGGUAGCAGUCGUGGCGGAGUUAGACGUGGUAGGACAGCAACUACUACUGCAACUGCACACAAAAGAGGUGGAAGAACGCCAAGAGGUAACAAACAUCACGUUGCACAUAAAUUACCCUAUGCCGACGUUUACGAAUUUCAUGACGACAGCGAAGAAGAACAUCCUGGUCGUCCACGUUUAAUUCUUACCAUUAAAUCUGGUCCUAACACAGAAUUACCAAUGGAAGACGUUGUUUCGCCGGCUACCAACACGAGAAAAUCCAGAAGGUUAGCUGAAAAAGAUGGUAGUAGGAACACGAUUGACGAUGUAAUCGAAGACGUUGUUCGUGGACCGUCAAAUAAAAAUUUGUCGAGUGGAAAUAUACAAAAUAUGCAUACCACGAGAAGAAGUACUAGGCACAAUAACGCACCACGUAAUGUACAAACUACGCAGCCUAAAGUGCAAGUCACCGAAUCUCGUAAAUCACCAAGAGGUAGUCGCAAAGCAACGAGAAGGACUUCCGAAAAUAAUGAGGAUAGCGGAGGAGAAGAGAAAUUUAUUAAAUUGGUUGUUACCCCACCAAAGAAAGUUGAGAAUAAAUAUGAAAGUCCUGUUACUACUGAAGAAUCCAAUCUUAAAGUGGAAGAAAGUAAUCAAACUUCGACGCCACCUGAACAGAAAUCUGUAUCUCUUGAACCAACGACAUUGAUUGAUCCGGUAACAGGAAUGUUAAUAGCAAUGAGGGAAUCAGAGGAAGGCCAAUAUAUACCAGUCAGUACGUCAGCUACUCAAACUACUACUAAAACGAUUAGUGAAGGCCGAAGUACUACUGCAACAGUCAAAGAAAGUUCGAUCAAUGAAUCACUGCAAUCAAAAUCAUCUUUCGAGAAUAACAAAACAGAAAUUCAUGAAGAGCCGAAAAAAGAACAACCACCCGUGGAAACUGUAUCUUGUUCAUCAAUACAAAAUCAAGUAAUAUCUUCGCAAGCUAGUGUUAUUACCAAGCCACAAUCUCCAAUGGUUCAAACUACUUCCACCAUUACAGUUGUGCCGUCGUCUACGACAUGCACGACUGUAACAACGAUGUCAACGAUACCUAGCGUGGCUCCAUCACAACCAGUAUCAACUACUGUUACACAGAAUAAACCUACAAGUUUGAAAGCUCAUGUAUUGAAUGCUAGUAAAUUAUCAACUCAAUCUCAGGCUCAACCACAAACACAACCACAACCGCAACCACAACCACAACCACAAUUACAACCACAGGUUCAGGCUCCAGUUCUGGCUCCGGUUCUGGCUCCUACUCCGGCUCCGACUCCGGCUCCGGCUCCAGCUCCGAUUAUAGUUCAGACCCACCCUCAGGCUCAACCACAGUUGCAGCUACAACCACAACCACAGGCUCAAACUCAAGCUCAGGCUCAGGCUCAGGCUCAAGCUCAAGCUCAAGCUCAAGCUCAGGCUCAAUCACAGGUUCAAUCACAACCACAACCACAAUCUCAAGUUCAGGCUCAGUCUCAAUCUCAAUCGCAGCCACAACAACAACAAAUUGUUAUUACAAAGCCUGUAGUUCCAACAUUACCAAACAAGACAGUAGUUCAAAAUAUUCUAAAACAACCUGCUCAAGCGAUACUACAAAGUCUUCAUUUGCAAAUUCCUGGUGGCAGAGUAGUCUCCCCUAAUUUGAGUCCAUGUACUAAACAGGCACAAGUAAGUUCAGGAAAUGGGAAACAAGGACAACCAAUGUCACCAGUACUUAAUAAUACGGGUGUACCACCAAAUCCUAAGCAACAUCUUCUACAGGCAGCAAAACAACAACAGCAACAACCAUCCACCAUAAUAAACAUGUCUCAAAAAUUACCGAUCAACGUUCAUCCAGCCAGUGUUGUAUCUGCACCAACUCAGAGAAUACAUCAUCCAGUUUCUCAGCCAGUAACAAAUAAAGGUAUCAAUGGGCAACCACAUUCGCUCAAUCCAAAGGCUCAUUUAUUACAAGCAGUGGUACCAACAAUGGUAACUGGAGCAGUUGCAAGUCCUCCAACACAACCACAUCUUGUUGGUCCUCAGAAUGUUGCAGCAGCUGUAGGCUGUCCACGUCCACCUGGACCGAAACCUCAGGUAACUGGUACUAUGGAACCUCCUAAAGUAGAAGUCUCUAUGUCUGGUUGCAUUAUGGUACCCAGUGCAAGUCCUCAGAGUCGCGGGGUACCAAUACCAACUUAUGAUGCAUCUAUGCAUGGGAGUGCAGGUACUGCUCCAUCACCGGGAGCUCAAUAUGGGCUUGUACCUCCACAUCGUGCUCAGACUCCUCCAUUGCCACCACCUGCUCAUCAUCAUGCUAAUGCAUCGCAGAAUGAUGUUAUUGUUAACCAUUACGGUGGAUUAUCACGUACUGCUGAGUUACCACCUCCACAUUACAUGCAUACACAAGUUUUACAAUAUCAUCAAUUAUUCCGUGCUCAACAAGAAGCUUUAACACCACGUAUAGCUUAUCAUAUUCCAGGAACAAGGUCACCUCAUUUGCCAUUAGAUCCCAAAUUAGAAACUGGUAUAGAAGAUAGUCACAGUCCACCUUUGGAAUUAAGAAGAAGUACUAGAACUCCUCAAGAACGUACAACGGACAGUCCGCAAGUUGCACAAGUUUACAUGCUUCAUGGAAGUACGCGAUUACCACCGCCACCGCCUCAAUAUAACGCCGGAAGUAAUCCAUCUUUGGCUGCACCAACUGCAGCAAGGGGAGGUUAUUACGAGCCACCACCUGCUCACUUACGUUCUCAAUAUCCUAUGCCUGCAAGCGAGGCUCCUACAGAUAAUGCGAUUACACCUGACAGACCAAAAAAACAUCAAGUGGUAACAACACCACCUCACGCAUCGCAAAUACCACCUCAAGCAUCGCAAAUACCACCUCAAGCAUCACAAAUACCACCUCAAGCAUCGCAAAUACCACCUCAAGCAGAUUCAUUCCAAAUGUUACUUCAACGUUAUCCUGUUAUGUGGCAAGGUCUGCUUGCCCUUAAAAACGAUCAAGCUGCAGUACAAAUGCAUUUCGUUUUUGGUAAUCCUAAUGUAGCUAGGGAGAGCUUACCUUGUAACAAUGACGGUUCUACUCCACCAUUGCGUAUCGCACAAAGGAUGAGACUCGAACAAACUCAAGUCGACGGUGUAGCGAGAAAAAUGCAGACUGAUAACGAACAUUGCAUGUUACUUGCAUUACCGUGCGGACGCAACGAGAUGGAUGUAUUACAGCAAAGUAAAAAUCUUCAAAGCGGAUUUAUCAUGUAUCUGCAACAGAAACAAGCCGCAGGAAUUGUUAACAUCGCUGCUCCAGGUUCACAACAGCCCGCAUACGUGAUACAUAUAUUCCCAUCGUGCGACUUCGCAAACGAGAGUUUAGCGCGCAUAGCACCGGAUUUGCUUCAUCGUGUCGCCAAGAUCUCACAUUUGCUUAUCGUCAUUGCCACGGUUUGAGACUGGACAACAUUUUGUAUGAACAAAUUAUAUCUUAUUGGUAUAUUUUCUACCUAAUUUUGCGCACCAUGGGAUGGGAUGCUACAUGUAAGAACUAAUAUAUGGCAUGAAGCCUAUGAGGUGUUCCAGUCAUGUGCAGAAUUUCUAAAAAAAAAAAAGAUAAGAAAAUGGAGAAAGGGAUAGAAAAUAAUGGAGUCAAGGAAGAGAGAGAAAGAAUGAAUCAACGAACGAACGAACAAAUAAAUAAAUAACUAAAUAAAUAAAUAAAUAAAUAAAUAAAAAAAAACAGGGCUCCUAUUUGUUUAAAGGAGUCUUUCAUCAGUGACAAUCAAAUGGAAUCCGGCGCGAAAUCGCCCGAUCAAAUAGAUCGUAAGCCAGUACUAAAGAAAAACAAUAAUACAAGCAAGGAGACAUCCGGUCCUCGGGGUUGUGUGACGUAGAGAUAAAAAAAAAACCACAGGAAGAGAGGCAAACCCGGUCUAAUCGAGAAAGGUAAAUCCCUCCUAAAUCCUCUUCCUCCUUUCACCGUGUGUGUCUCCUCCCUUCGUUUAACAAAAAAGAAAAAUAGAAGAAAAGGGGAAGAAAAAUUGGAAAGAAGGAAAGAAAGAGAGCGAACAAAUUUUAGGAAAAAAAAAAAAUAAUUAAAAAGCAGAAAAAAGUACGUCCCUUAUUCAGCAACGGAUGACUUUGAGUACGCCAAUUGCUGACAGUGUUUGUGGGAUUGACCGACUUUAACUCUUGGUCUUUCUGACAAGCUGGUCAGGCACAACAACCCCGAUAAGUUAAUCUUUUCUCUCUACGAAAGAAGACUUUUCCUUAAACGAUAGGAUAAUGAUGAUGACGAUGAUGAUGAUGAAAACGACGAUGUGAAUUGACAAUGAUGAUAAUGAUGAUAAUGAUGAUAAUAAUGUUGAUUAAGAUGAUAAUAACGAUGACGAUGAUGAUUAUGAGAUUAUGAUGAUGAUGAUGAUGAUGAGAUGCACGAGAAAGAAGCAUUUUAUGUUACACUGUGUACUACUCUCCUUCCUGAGCCAAGAAAAAAGAAAAACAAAUAAAAAUGAACAAGAUUAAACUUCUUUAAAAUACCUAAUUCAAAUAUAACGAAGUAAACUAUGCCAUUGCCGUAGACUAACGGUCAGUUUUUCGCGUGAGGAUUAAAUAUAUAGAAAACAAAAAUUAAAUUAACAGAUAUAUAUAUAUAUAUAUAUAUA